GACCAUCACCACGUAGACAGAGGAUGAACUCAAUAUUGAUACCAAUUAUUUAUUUAGUUUUGCUGAUAGUACCUUUGUCUUUAUUCAGUAAAAUCUAUAGAAAUUCUAAAGUAAAAUCCUCAAUCGAUCUCAUCUCUGACAGCUGGUUUGAACCACACAUCGAGAGAUCUGUAUAUAUUACACUCCUACAACAAGAGAACACAGAGGAAAUAGUCUUAAAGUGUGCAUUGAUCCGUAGAGCAGUCGAGGAUGUCAAGAGAAUAUGGAAGAUGAGGGAUGACAAGGUUGCAUUAGUUACUCUCAUACAGAGAGGACAAGUCGGUGACCAGCUUCUCCAACAAAUUCAAGCUGCAGAAAAGGAACUCGAAAGUGAAAUCGUCGAAGUCGUCAGUGAGGCCAACACAUUCAGAAUGGGAUGGGGACAGGGUAUAUUCCAAUCAGCAUCCGAAAUCGCACAGCAUGAUAAGAUGAAAUCUACGCAUAAAUCUAUUGAUUCAUUUGUUUUGACUACAGAAUAAAUAUUUCAUUAUACAAUCAACCAAAGCUAAUAGAAUGAUCCACGUCCUCUACCACGGUAUGGUCUACCGCGGAAUCCGCCUCUUCCUCUACCUCUACCUCUGGCGCGUUUCAGAGCGAAGAAAGGCACAUUCUUUCUCUUUGCUAGGAUAACGCGUUAGACACAUCAUAGAAUAGACUAGAUGGUAUACUUACCAACAACUUUUAUUAAUCUACCCUUGAAUAAACUCUCAUUAAGUGCAGAUGCGUUCUCAACUAAUGAUGGCUCUGCGAAUUCGAUAUAUGCGUAUCCUUUUGGAUGACCAGUGAAUUUAUCACAUAAGAUUGUAACGCGGUUUAUUGUACCACAUGCAGCAAAGUGUUUUUGUAAAUCCUCUGGAGUUGCGCUGUAAUCGACCUAUAACCUAAUGUGAGACUAUGACGGCGUUCAAGGCAAGACUGACGUUACCAACGUAAACUGAUCUACCGUCGACAUCUUCGCUCGAUUCCUGCAUCAUUUCUGCGUCUUGUCCCUCGAAUGUCGACUGUUCUUGUGAUUCUAGUUGUUG